AUGGAAAGAUUUAAUCGGUUUAUUGCAGAAUUGCUCGAGAAGAUGAACAAAUAUGAUCCAGAGCACCAUCCUCCAAACUCUGUGAUCAUUCUCAACAAUUGCCGGAUUCACAAAGACCCAGAAAUGAUCCAGAUGGUUCAGCAACGCGGUAUGCAAAUUGAGUUCCUUCCACCAUACUCGCCCGACCUGAAUCCAAUCGAAUUAUGCUUUGCAGGGAUGAAAGCAUGGAUUCGGCGACAUAUGGAGGAAGCUAAGGAAUCAUGGAAUGACAAUAAUAACCCAAAUCAGGCUCGCUGGCUACUGUAUGAGAUGACAUUCUACCCAACUCCUUGGAUGGCAUAUGCAUGGUUUGCACGAGCAGGGAUUGUGUAG